GGAUUACUACUCCGUUUCCAAUGAGCGUCUGGUGUUGAUCCUGCUCGGGAGACCUUCAACACUCCACACCUCACACCUCACACUUCGUACACCACACCCCACACACCACUUCCCACCCCCUACCCCCACACCAAACACCACCGCAUCCCACACUCUGUCCACCACACCCCACACCUCACACUUCGUAUACCACCCCCCACACCACUUCCCACCCCUACCACCACACCAAACACACAUAAUACCUCACACUCGGUCCACCGCACCCCACACCUCACACUUCGUACAUCACACCCCACACACCACUUCUCACCCCCUACCACCACACCAAACACACACAAUACCUCAUACUCCGUCCACCGCACACCCCACACCUCACACUUCGUACAUCACACCCCACACACCACUUCUCACCCCCUACCACCACACCAAACACACACAAUACCUCACACUCCGUCCACCGCACCCCACACCUCACACUUCGUACAUCACAACCCCCACACCACUUCCCACCCCUACCACCACACCAAACACACACAAUACCUCAUACUCCGUCCACCGCACCCCACACCUCACACUUCGUACAUCACAACCCCCACACCACUUCCCACCCCUACCACCACACCAAACACACACAAUACCUCAUACUCCGUCCACCGCACCCCACACCUCACACUUCGUACAUCACACCCCACACACCACUUCCCACCCCUACCACCACACCAAACACACACAAUACCUCAUACUCCGUCCACCGCACCCCACACCUCACACUUCGUACAUCACACCCCACACACCACUUCUCACCCCCUACCACCACACCAAACACACACAAUACCUCAUACUCCGUCCACCGCACCCCACACCUCACACUUCGUACAUCACACCCCCCACACUACUUCCCACCACCUACCACCACACCGAACACACAAAAUCUCACACUUCGUCCACCAAACCCCACACACCACUUCCCACCUCACCACCACGACAACCCACACACCACACCGGACAUUCCAUAAACCACCCCUCACACACCACACCCCAU